AUGGAUCACCCCAUGCAGGAUGCCGCAGCCGACGUGCUGGCGGAUGCUAGACGAACUCUAGAAGCUCUGAAGAGCUCUGGUGUUUCCCGUGAAGCAUUGUUGCAGAUGUGGGAGGCUGGCGACAAGGCGGCACAGCAACAGCAGCAACAACUUCAGCUUCAGCUUCAACACCAACAGCAGCAGCACCACCAACAACAACAUGUACCGCAGGAUGUCGCAAUGGAGGAUGCUUCCACGCGAGCGAUAUGCCACGGCCAAAUAGGUCACAGACCACGCAUCUCCGUAUCAUCAACAAGCUCAGGCUCUUCUGGCCAUGCGAGUAUAUGGUCUAUGGGCUCCGCUGCCUCCAAUGCCACCGUCGCGACACAUUACUCCCAAGCUUCGCAGUCCCCUUCCACUCAGCAAUGCGCGCCUCAAGCAGCCCCUGGAGGCGUGCCCCAGGUAGCAAGCGCUCAGACGGGAUGGGGUCCAGGGCGCUUCAACUUUUACUGGUGCACCUCAUGCGAAACGAGAUUCAAGCGCAAGUACGACUGGAAGCGUCAUGAGGAGGAGUUCCAUGAGCGUUGGAAGAAGUAUCCUUGCCCUGAGCCUGGCUGCAACAGGAGCUUCUGGGGAGCCAACACAUUCAACCAGCACCACAAGGCUUCGCAUGGCUGCAAGUCUUGCCCGCACUCUGAAAAGGUUGUCAAGUACUUGAAGAGGAGAAAGUACUGGGCUUGUGGCUUCUGUUCGGCCCUGCACCCUUCGAGGGAACGUCACGUCGAACACGUCGCCAGACACUUCGAGUCAGGAAAGACAAAGUCGGAUUGGAUGCACUCAAGAGUCAUCUAUGGUCUCCUGCAUCAGCCCCUGAUCCACGAGGCCUGGAAAGAUGUGCUGAUGUCCAAGGCCAAUGAGUUCCAGGGCCGUCAGCCAAACUUCAGCUGGAAUCCUACACAGACUGGUCGAGCGCAGGGUUUCAUGGAGAAUGAGAGCCCAGGCCAACUCCAAGAUCUGCUCGAAUUCUUCUCUGGAUCCAGCUCCGAGGCCGAGUCUAUCGUCUUGAUUGCCUACAAGCUGGCGGAUCUCGUUUACCUACCCGUUCCGGCCUCGCCGCCAAUGCAGUAUUCUCAAUGCUACGCACCUCCUGCUGCUCUUCCCCAACAAUACCCCCCUCAGCCUCUCCUUCCUCCUCCAUCGAUACCCUCCCAGACUCUUCCGACUCAGUCCUCUCAACCCCCAGUAUUAGCAUCACAGGAUUCAUCACCCUCACCGUACAUGGAACAGAUGAGGGCCCAGUCAAUGAUGCCGCAGCCUUUGUUCCACACCCAACAGCCGCGCGCGCACACGGAACCUCUUCGCCGUGCAUCACUGGACAGAGAGCUUCCGCCGCCCCCACAAGAAAACCAGCCGAUGAACUUCCAAUUUAUGCCUGAAAAUAUGGUCACAUUCGAAGACUGGGAGAGUUUCUCCAGCACAGUCGUCGACGAAAAUGCACCACAACCCACGCCAAUGACAACAGAUUGGCCGCUGGUGCCUGUACAAUAUUACAAUGCCCCUGUAGGGCCAUGA